GUUUUUCUGCUGAUCAGUUUGCGUUUGACGAUCCAACACUUGGCAAUAAAGUGACGUUGGUUUCUGCGCGAGGCGUCGUUAUUCCAUGUAGUGUCGUUGAGACCGACACAUCACCAACACGGAUCUCAUGUGAAACUGGGUGAGUUGAAUAAACUAAUUGUGGAAGGGUUUUAUAUAGAUGGAAAUUUCCAGUGUGAAUUUUAUACAUUUAUUAGACCUAACCAGGAGCAGUUGUGAAAAAUGCAACUAUAGGCCCUCUGGCGGGAAUCGAACCUGCGACCCCACGAUUCCGGUGCAGCGGUCUAACCAACUGAGCUACAGAGAGACAGUUGUCGAGCUCUAACCAACUGAGCUACAGAGAGACAGCUGUCGAGCUCUAACCAACUGAGCUACAGAGAGACAGUUGUCGAGCUCUAACCAACUGAGCUACAGAGAGACAGUUGUCGAGCUCUAACCAGCUGAGCUACAGAGAGACAGUUGUCGAGCUCUAACCAACUGAGCUACAGAGAGACAGUUGUCGAGCUCUAACCAACUGAGCUACAGAGAGACAGCUGUCGAGCUCUAACCAACUGAGCUACAGAGAGACAGUUGUCGAGCUCUAACCAACUGAGCUACAGAGAGACAGUUGUAGAGCUCUAACCAACUGAGCUACAGAGAGACAGUUGUCGAGCUCUAACCAACUGAGCUACAGAGGCCAGUUGUCGAGCUCUAACCACAAGUUCAUGUUGACUAAGGAGCAAAAAAUUCAAUAUGUAUAAAAUUAAUUAAAGAUAUAAAAUUCACACUCGCAAUUUUCAUCUACUCGUCUACAAAUGAGUUAUACCGAGUGUGGAUGCCAAAUAUCCUGAUGUACUAUUGAAAACACGAACAUGAGUGCUUUAUCAGAUAUAAAACAUAAAGCAUGGACCGCGAAUGUUUUAAAUGGCUUAAAAAACGACUCAUCUGAUGAGUUCAUUGGCGAAGUAAUUUUAAAACCAAACGUUGUCUAAGCCGAGAAAAUCCAUACAUGUCCAAUACUAACGCAAAUGUCCAAUGGACAUAUGAAAUGUCCAUUGGACAUACGACUGUCCAUUGGAUCCAAUGGACAACUCAAAUGUGCAUCUCCAAUGGACAUAUCGAAUGUCCAUUGGAUAUUUGAGUGGAUAUUUGAGUGUCAAUUGGAUCCAAUGGACUAAACCGGACUUGGGGCUGGGCAUCGUGGAUAUAUUGAAUGAGUAUAAUGUCCAAUGGUCCAUUGGAUCCAAUGGACAUUUGAAAUGUCCAAUGGACAUAUGAAAUGUAUCAAAGCUAAAGUUUAUGUAAUGAACAUGAUUUUUUAUCACAUAUCAGAUGAUCUUGAUACGCGGAAAAGUACUGGCACUAGUUGUCAAAUAGAAAUCCAUUUUAUGAUUAAAACAACUGAAUAUCUCCUGUAAUAUACUUUAUUUCGAUUCCUUAUUUUUGUCAGAGCUAUAGUUCUCAUAACCAAACAUAAUUACAAAAUUUCAACUAGUUUCAUAAAAAAUAACGAAAGAUAUAAUUGACUGAAUACAUCAAAAUGGAUUUCUAUUCGGACAACCCUUUCUGAGCGCUGAUUGGCUAAAAUACGAACACGAGAUCACCUGGUAUAAAACCACCGACACGGCAGUGAUUUCUUUUGCAUUUUCCUCAUGAAUUAUUAUAAGACGUUUUGGAAAUUUAUAUAAACAACAUUACUGUGAAUUAUAGAAUACUAGGAUUUAUUUCUUAUUCUCCUUUUCAAGUGUCCCACCAAAAGGUUACGAAGGCGACGUAUACUUUCUCAACAUCAAAGUGAACGAUCAACCUCUCGGAGGGGGAAGUUCAAACACAUAUUGUGGGGGAUCGUGUAAAUUCUAUGUAAGUGAGUGAAUAUGGAGUUUCCGAGUAUUGUGGGAAAGGUGUAGGUGUAUAAAAAUGAGAUGUGAGGGGGUGGAAAACACCUUAGGAGGAGGUUAGAAGAAGAACGCUUGUGAGAAAUAGGGGAGAGAGGAAUUGGGGAGGGGUGGGACACACCUUAAGAAAAGGGGUAGAGAUAGAUGUAAAAACAUAAUCCAUUGACCCCAACUUCUAUGACUGAUUGACUAGGAACCACUAGGUGUAACUCUUCAUGCAGCCUUAAGUAGCCAUUGGCAAAAGAUGCUCAACAAACAAUCUUUCAUUUUUUAGUUCAAUAAAUGGAGGACUCCGACGAUCACUCAAAUGAACUUCCAAGCAGGUCUACCAGGUAAUAACUAAUAAGCCAUCUAUACACGUUGUUACAAACCUGCAGCAGACUUGUACUAAUGCUGUUCCAACAACUUGUCAACAGGAUGUGUUCGCACUGCUUGUUCCCAGCUUGUUGACAAGUUCUUAACGGCUUGAUGACAACUUGCUGCAAGGUUGUUGAACUCAACAGAUUUGUUAUAAGUUGUUCCAACAACGUGUUAUCGUCCUGUAUUUCAACAACUUCUCAACAAGUUGUGAGUGACAACCUUGUGGCAACUUGAUAAAAUAUCAGCAUUGCUACAACUUAUUGACAAGCUUGCUACAAGCCUGUUGCGAACACAUCUUGUUGACAAGUUGUGAGAUUUUUACAUGCACUAAUGACUACGUGAUUAUAUAAUGACAUUUCUGAUGACUACCAUCUGUUGCCCCCUAAUGCUUACUGAAAACCUCCAAAUUAAUAUAACAUUCCCUCCGCCUCAUUCUUCAGAUAUCGUAAUAAAGAUAACAGGCAGAGUUAUGACCGCCCAGGUUGGUCGACUCUCAGAUGGCAAUGGUGACAACUUCAACCCAGACGGGAAAGAAAUUAUACGGUAUAAAGUUUGAAUAUUCUGUGUUUUAUAUGCACGCUACCUAGGGUAAGAUCAUAGGAAGUAUGAGAAUAUGUAUCUAUAGAUAAAUUUCAUGAAUUUCCUGACUGUUUGGUAAAAAUUGAAUUUCCUGUAAAUUUGGUAAAUUUUGAAAAUACAGUAAUAAUCUUGUGGCGAUUGUUUUCUCUGUGAUUCUGCUCAAUAGUGCAAUGAAUUAAUAUGUUGACUGUCCUUUGUUUGUGACUGUCUAUUUGCCAAGCGUUGCUUGAGAUUUGUGUGCUUGAUUCAUCUAGCCCUUAUGGUUAUUUUAGGCAGAUAGUACCCACAUGAUUAUGGAAAAAUGAAAAAUUUCUGUUCUAAAUCGUGGGUUUAAAUACAUGACUUGCUUGCCUCCAUGUGCUCUCUCGCUAGUUUUCUGAUCAAAUUUUGUUUUAGUUAAUGUUCAGUGUUUUGGAUGUAUUUCAGGGUGUACAUUGGUGGCGCGAACUGUAAUACCAAUAACAAGGAAACAGAGGAACCGUAGGUUUCGUUUAGAGGCUAUUGGUAAAUUUUAACCCAUUGCCAAGUCUUUAAAUUUAUACAGUUAUCUCAUCUUCUUUAGAUACGGGACGUGGGUGGAUGAGUCGAAUGCCAAUGGAUAUUUAAUAUGUCGAUCAGAAUUGACAGUAUCAGGAUCUUAUUUAGUAUCUUAUCUUGUGUCUGGUGAAGCUGGUCGUUCUAAACCAAUUGAUGAGGUCACUUAUGUAGAUGCGAGUGAAACUGUUUACCAGUAUCAAGCUCAUGCAGGUAAAAUAUGCAUACCAGACCAUUCUACAUACCAUACCAUAUCAUACCAUACCAUACCAUGCAAUACCAUACCAUACAGUACACCAUAUCGAUCAUAACAUAACACCAUACCAUGCCAUACCAUAACAUAACAUACAAUAGACCAUACACCAUAUCAUAACAUAUCAUACCAUACCAUACCAUACCAUAACAUACCAUACGAUAGACCAUACAGUACACCAUAUCAUACUAUGCCAUAACAUAACAUAACAUAACAUAACAUAACAUAACACAGACCAUACAACACCAUACCAUACUAUGCCAUACCAUACCAUGUCAUACCAUAGACCAUACAGUACACCAUACCAUACCAUACCAUACCAUGCCAUACAAUGCACAACAUGCCAUGUUGUAUGGGAUAUAUGCUGUACAUAGUUUGCGAAACGUAUUGUGAUUUCAAUGUUUAGAUGUUACAUCGAUAUCUCCGAAAUCAGGCAGUGUUGGUGGGGGCACCGUUUUAACCAUCACAGGACGAUUCUUUGUGAUGGAAAAAGAACUUGUCAAAGUUACAGUUGGAG